AUCUGCGGGGAUGUUGACCCCCGGACUUUCGGAUUCCACGUUUCAAGCAUGGCGCGCCCCAAGGUACAUCCAGAUAAUCGCUUACGGGCUAAUACAGCAUGUACAGCCUGUCGAAAAUCGAAAAAGCGAUGCAGCGGCUACUUCCCCUGCAGCAACUGCCUGCACAAAGGACGUGGCGGCUCAUGUAUUCCAUUCAAAUCCUUUCCAGGGUCCCGCAGCCGCCCAACAGCCUCCCGACCGACAUCUUCGGCGUGGGGCGAGUCAAGGAUAGGCUUGCAAAGCCCCUUGAGACCUCAGACCCAUGAUGCAGCGACACCUGAUCUCGAUGUCGUCACGCCAGAGGCUGAAUCGCAUUCGCCUGAAGCCACGCAUCGAACACAUCCGCGGAUGCUCCGCAACCUGCAAGGCGACCGAGUCUACGUCGGCAAAGCCGCCUCACUGUCGUUUCUACAACUGCUUCGGGACACUGUGACCCAGCAUAUUGGCCCCUCACAAUUCUCCCAAAGAAGUGAGGACAUGCUGGAGACAGAAGCACAACAUGGUCCUCUGAAUUUCUCACAAGAAUGGUGUAAUGCCGAAGAAAAGCGCCAGUUUCUUCAAAAUUAUGAAGCGGCGACAAGUGGCUUCCUCAACUUGGGAUGUAGAGACAUUACAUUUGCAUCCCUAGUAGAACAAGAAGAUCCCAAAUCCGAUCGGGAAAAGACCAGAGCAGCUAUAGUUGAUCUGAUGGUGGCUAUUGGGGCCCAGUCGCGCCCGAAUGACCCAGAAGCUCUUCAAACAGAAAGAUUUUACUUUGCUCGAGGGCAGCAGAGAGCCUUCGCAAACUUUCUGGAAGAUCCUAGUAUGGACGUGGUGCGCGUUUUUGUUCUGAUGUCGUUCUACAUGCUCGGGGCAUGUCGCCGCAAUGCAGCCUUCAUGUACCUGGGUGUGGCAUCGCGUGCAGCCGUGGCUCUGGGUCUACAUGAGGACUCCCCAGGAUCGACGAGUCGGGAUGACAAUGAUCAAAGGCCAAAAUUAUGGAUGAGUCUUUGUGUACUUGACUUACUUGUCAGCUCUAUCCUUGGGAGACCAUCGGCGAUUUCGCCUCUCUUGACUGGGAAUCGGGAGGAAUCCCUAUGGAUAGAGACAAACCUACCAGAAUCCGGCCUGGUAGCUUCAUUCCAUUUGUCGCUAAUACUCGACGAGAUUGUCGUUCGUCUCUACGGAGAAAGAGCUGCAUCGGCUGAGACUGCAGACGCUCUAUUAGGCAAACUGAACAGCUGGAGUGAAUCUCUACCCCAGUCGCUUAGGAGUUCUUCUUUAGAGCACGAGAAUGAAAGUAUUGUUCGGAACCACACACUCGGCAAUAUGCACGUCGCCUGUUCAUAUCAUUUCGCGGUGAUCUUAGUUACUCGCCCUUUCCUCAUAUCAGCAUUGAGUGUUCGGCUGGCCCGAUUGCACCACAGCCUUUCAACAAACGAGCCCGGGGAGGCACCGGAAGAGGAUCCGGCCCACUCGCGACUGGCGGCUGCAUGCAUUGAUUCGGCAGUAUACAUGGUACAAACAUGCACAGAAGUUUACGAUUCGGGACUCAUGCUUCGAAAUAUGUGUAUUCUCAAGGCCUUCAUAUUUGCGGCCGCGCUUGUUCUCGGGUUUUCAAUGUUCGCACACCGUGAUAUUGAUUCGGAAAUUGACCAAGCUUUCCGUGGUGCUAUGACCAUCCUGCGCAUGCUGGCAUCGCAGUCUGCUCAAGCGGCGCAUUACCUUGAUAUAACAAUCAUGUUAGAGUCCGCCAUCAACCAGCAGCGCCAGCGACUCGCUGCUCAAGCCCGACAGCGGCGGAGCCAGUAUGUCAGCAGGAUCUUCAGCCUCAAUGGGAAUCCAGCAACUCCGCGGACACAAAACGAUGGUGAUGAACAGCCGAACAGUACUACCCCAUUGACACAAAGUAUCCCAUCAUAUUCAUGGUUGCAGUCGGAUGACGGGAUAGGUACUGUCACACCACCCAUGAUUGACGGGACUUUAUUUGACUGGGAAGGUAUGGAUCUACCGCUAUGGGAUAGUUUCCCAUUUCUUACCGAGUCAUCCACCAUUUAA